GCGGGGCUAACCAAUCAGCGCGCAGUAAAUUUAUCAUCCUUGUUUUGCCAAGACGUCCACUUCCUCCGCCCACGUCUCGGGGUUUCAAAACAAAAACAGACGGAGGGGUAAGGUGGGAGGUGUUCGUGAACUUGAGGGAAGUUUAGGGGAACACCUGAGGGUCCCACACGAUGCCACACCGGGGAGAGAGGGGCCGGAACCGUUCAGGAAACCACACGGGCGGGGAGAAUGGUGACCGAGCGGGGCAGGAGAACAACAACCACGAGUUCUGGUGCUGUGUGCCUGGCUCCUCGGGGUGCCAGCUAGGCAGCCCCGUCAGCCUGGCCAACCCCGAGGACGUCGUGAAGGUGGUCUGCAACCACGACGGCUGCCCCGAGGGACCUUACAUGCACAAGCAGUGCUUCGAGGAGUGGGAGGAGACCGUGCUGACGUUCCUCCGGUCCUCGGGGAGGGCGCGCAGUUGGUCCGAGAAGCAGCGACGCCAGAACCUGUGGACCAAGAAGGGGUACGACCUGGCCUACCGUGCCUGCGCCUGCAAGUGUGGCAAGGGUCACCUCCGCAAGGACCUGAACUGGAUCCCCGAGAAGCCAGCUCCAGAGCACCCCGCCAUGCGAGUGGACAACGAGCCAGUGGCGCCGAGGAAACAGAAGAAGAAGAAGAAAAACGACAAGCCAGAUCUCGGGAAGGGUCCUCUAAGCCAACCCCCCUCCGCGGCUGUCAAAGCUCGCCACCGCCAUGCCUCCUCCUCCUCCACCCUCUCCGACACCAGCCUGGCUAGUACCCCCCCUAGCACCGCGAUGGACUACGCCCCCUCCCCCUCCCCGCCGUGGGAGAGCACCCCCUCCCCCCGCAGGAGUCGCACCGAGUCACAGUCCUCCGACAACAACAGUGGCAACUACUACUACAACGCCUCCAUGUUCACCAAGAGACUCGACCUCUCACUUCUAUACAGUGUCUUACCUCCGGACAAGCUGAACCCCAUCCACAUCAAGAUGGAGGAUGAAGGCCAUGCGGACGACACUCGCCAGUUCGUCCUGUCCAACCUGACCGCCUACCGUGUCAGCACCAUCCCGUGCGUCCUGUGCAACACGCAGCUGCCUGUGUUCGACCGCUACCCUCUGGUGGACGGGACCCUGUUCCUCACACCGCAGGACUACAAUGCCCAGAGUAUACGAGUGUUCGUGUCGGGGCGGUGGCUGUACCUGUCCGCGGUCUGCGUGCACUGCCUCAUGGGUAUACAAACCUGCGUCGUGUGCAAGAACUGCAAUGCACGCUGGGACGGCAGCUCGCACCAGCUGGGCACCAUGUACACCUACGAUAUACUCGCCGCCAACCCGUGCUGCCCGCACCGCGUGAGUUGUAAAUCCUGCGGGAAGCCGGUCCGCGACCCCAGCCAGGGCACGCACUUCUACUCGGAAUACUCCACGUCCGUUCAAUGUCCGCACUGCGGGGUCCCGGACUACCACUUUAUAAAACCCCUCAGCACCUUCAAGCAAGUGUCAGAAGGUUUAGCCUGUUAAUGUAAGCUAUUGCUUAGCACUAUACAGACACUGCUGCAGUAUCCUCAGCAUUAGUAAGCUUGAAGAGCCUGGUAUCUGGGCUAUGGUGUGAUCAGGGCAGUGGUCUCUUAGCUGUGGAUUAGGGCUCGAAAUACCACCUGAACACGUGUCUUACAGCUAGUGAAAUUUUAGCGGAAGGCAUAGACUUCUUUCUGCACCAGUGAUUGCUUGAUGCACUUAAUUUUAUCACCUUUUUAGAAAAGGUGGAAAGAAGAAGUCAGAGUAUAAGAGAUUUUGCCAGCUAGUCCGGGAAGUGAUUUGUUAUUUUGAUUUAGGUCAAUCCACCCUGAGGCAUACUACUACUGUAUGUCUUCUGAGAAGUGUAGGUUCAGGGUCUAGCUCCUUAAAAAUGAAAUCUGUGGCUUGCAGCAUUCUUUUUGAAGGACAUGCAGCAUUACCUUUUAGUAAUGUAGCCAAGGUGAACCUGCACAAUGCUCAGAGGUGGAAGCAUGCAGCCUGUUGAAGAAAGAAUUCAACUUGCUAUCAAACAGUUGAUGUCAUUCUGCAACUGUCCAUAAUCUGGUGCAAGUAUGAAGCAAAGAAGUACUUCGAGCCUCCCACGUUUGGCAAUUUUCAGUACUGACUAGCAGUGGAAUUUCCAGUUUUAAAAAGGCAUUAUGGAAAUCCUUCUGCUUACUAUGCCUUUUGUUGUAAACAAGCCAUUUAAGUGACCACUGUCCAGACACCACUGUCCAUGAUGAGCUAAUUUUGCUUCACGUUGGUGGAAAUUAUUUCUUACUGUUAGACCAGGCCAUCUGUGUUUUGUGUGUUAGCUCCCAGAAGGAGCCUGGUAUUAAAAUGUGGCCAUGUCAUCUCUAUUGUGCACAAUUUGUGGCCACGCAUGCUUCAUGCACCCUUGACUCUAUGUGGUGACAACAGUCACACAGUGACGCCUGAGUUGAUUUCAAACAGUGCAGGUUAUAUUUAGACUGGAGAUUGAGUUAUAACAGUGACAUGAUCAGCAGGUUGACAUGAGUGGGGGUUGGAAUGUCAGCUAAAGGAGGGUCCAUUGUAUCUGGGACUUAAUCUGUGUCUCUUAAGCAAUCCUGUGAGGGCAGAGGGCACCAAAGUAAAUGAAUUAUAAUUUGGUCACUUCAAAUGUGGAAAGUUAUUCUCCUUCUUGCCACAUUUCAGGUAAUAACUGGAUGACUGAAAGUUUUACAAAUCACUGGCAAGAAUAUACUUUGUUCUACAUUAUGAUUAUCUGAUUCAUGUAUCAAUGAGAGAUUGCAAAUUUGAAAUGUCUCUCCAGAUUUACAGUGAUCACCACCCUUUCUGCGUACCUCACUUCCUCACGCACACCCAGAAUUUAUCUACUGGACCUCCCCUGACUGAAUAAGACCCCAAACUGAUCUUGUGGACCUUCCCUGACUGGAUAAGAAGCUUUCCUGUAGAACAUCCUUUGAUCUGGCCUGUGUUCAGCUGAUCUUGGCUCAGGUUGAUUUACCCCCAGGUCCAUAAGAUGCAGGGGGGAGCUGGCAAGCGGAAAUUUGGGCAGUUUUUUUUAAACACCUCUUUAUUCUCUUCCACUGUUCCAGCCAAGAUCAGUUAAUCUUCAGCAGAAGGUUGUAGACUGAUUUGAUGCAGAUGCAUGGCCGAGUUGGAGUACUGUUCGAACAGGUGGAAAUAACAGCAUGAGAGGUUGCCAGCCUGUUAGGGAGCGAUCAGUUCACGUCCUUGAGACUGAGCUAAAUUGAUGUGUACAUAAGUUCCUAACUUUUGACAUGUACUAAUUGUUUGACUAAACUUCCCAAUUUACCAAAAAAGGCUGUAGGACAAGAUUAGAGCUGGCAGGUGUUCUUCAGGACAUGUAUGUACAUUGUUCGAUAAUAGUGUUUGCAUGAAUCUGAUGAGCAAAAGGGCACCCCCCCUCCCAGUUUUAGUCUUGCUGGGUUCCUUCCUGUUUCUCCUGACCUACAUAUGACCUUACUUCUGGCACACGUCCAUCCUGAGUUGGAGUCUUCUGGCAGUGGCACUUGUUUUGUUGUUCUAGGUCGGUGGCAAAGGUUAGAGUUCAGAGGUUAUUUCCCCCAGGCUGACUUGACCUUGUAAUGUCAGGUACAUGAGCUGGGGUGCCUAUGUAAUGUCCUUGGAUUGACAAGGGCAAAGAAUUUGUCUUUCAGCAGUGUCACUUAUGUGGUAGUAAAGGUUGAAGGUUAUAGCUUAACCUUGCAGUAUGUGCGGUAACAUGGUAGGCUUGAGUUGUUCAGGGGCGAGUAUACAAAAUGUAUGUGCCUUAUGUGGCAAAGCUGGUAACUGGUUGUAACUUUGUGAAUCUGCAAAAAGGGGCAACUGUAUGGUUCUCUCAGUUCUAGCUGAGCAACUGACUUUUGAGGUUCCAGAUAUUGAACCCUGGUCACUGAAACUUGGAGUUAUUUUCAGUAUUGUAUGGAGAAAACGGUAUUGAAAGAGUACUGAGAUGUAAAAUUUUGAGGAGAAAUGGCAGUUUAAAGAAACAAAAAGAGGAGGAUAAAGAAAAGUGUGCAUUAGUCUGUCUGAUGCUGGGAUCAGUCUGGGUCACGUUGUGUCAUAUGCAUGGACAUGUUUACUUGAAUAUUUAUACACAACAAAGAUUGCCAGCCAGAAACUAAAAAUAGUAUCCUGACAACAAUACAUAUGCACACUUAUUGUGUCUGUGAGAAUUCUGAGAAGGCUUUGUAUGAGAUGAAGUCUGUUGAAAUUGAUGCAUGUUAUUUCUUUGUUCAAGAGCAAAGCUAUGUCAGAAUGUUGAGGCCUAAAAAUAAAUCUAUUUACUGGCGAUGAAGAGGUCUGUCCUUGCUUUGAUUGAAGUCUAGCAGAUGUUAAUAAGUGUGG